AUGAAGGCGGAGCACCAGGCAGACAACAGGACAGAGAAAAGGAUGGAGACCUGGACUUUCAUGGGGGAGAAUCUGGAGUUCUGGGUCCAGAGUUUGGCACAUAUCAUUGAGAAGCUGAAUGAAUCUGGUGGGUCUGACAGGCUUAGCUUUGUCAAACAGCUCGAGAACAUGUUCUGCACGCCUGCCAAAAUUGAUCUGUGGUAUGACUUUGACCUGCAACUUAGUGUCCUGCCUGUGCUUCCUGGAAUGGAUACCUUUGCCACAAUGAAUGAUGGGGAUGAAGACUUCUGGGGUUAUCUACCUUAA